AUGCUGCUAGCAGCGGCCAUUGUGUUUUUACACAUCCCUGCCUCGACGAUGCCUGCGGCUGAAGCGAGGCAAACAGCAGCGAAUAUUAUGUACCCAGUUCUCGAUGGAGAACAGAACGUCCUUGGCAAGCGAUCCCUAAGAACCGACCACAUGAGAGUUAGCAAUGUUGAGGACCGAGAAGGUGAUGAAGAACGAAUUUUUCGCCGAUUUACGGAUUGGAUCAAGUACAUUUUUAACAAGAUGAAUCCGAAACAGUUACACACCUACUUGGGCUUAGAUGGCCUUGGCGAAACGGCCUAUCAGCACAAGAACUACCCGAUCUAUCUGAUGAAGUCGAAAAAGUGGCGGGACAAACUAUAA